AUGGGCGGCCCCAAUCUAGAAGUCUUCAAGUUCGGCAUGUAUAUCAUGUUCCCGAUAGCAACAAUGUACUACUAUGGCACGAAUCUCGAUAAGCGCUUCUCUGUGCCUGAUUUCUGGCCCAAGCCGGAGCAAACCAAUCGCAUCCCGUUCGAGAAGGAAGAGAUACAUUCUGAGCUGGAGAGGCUGAAGCAGCGGAGAUUGUAUUUGAGGGAGAAGAGGUUGCAGAAUGAGGGGAAGAAUGAGGGGCAGGAUUCAUGA